GUGGUGGCCUGCGAGGCCAGCUUCCUGGUGCGCUACCUGUCCCGCUACACCCAGGAGAUCUUCUCUUUCCUCAUCUCCCUCAUCUUCAUCUACGAGACCUUCUCCAAGCUCGUCACGAUCUUCAAGGACCACCCGUUACAGCGGCAGUACAACGUGAAGUCCGUGCCCGAGCCCAAGGUGCCGGAGCCCAACACGGCGCUGCUGUCCCUCGUCCUCAUGGCCGGCACCUUCUUCCUGGCCUUCUUCCUCCGCAAGUUCAAGAACAGCGCUUUCCUGCCUGGCAGGGUCCGGCGCUUGAUCGGGGACUUCGGGGUGCCCAUUUCCAUCUUCAUCAUGGCGCUGGCUGACUUCUUCAUCAAGGACACGUACACGCAGAAACUGAACGUCCCCAAAGGGCUGCAGGUCACCAACACGUCCGCCCGGGGCUGGUUUAUCAACCCCAUGGGACAGGACACCGCCUUCCCCAUCUGGAUGAUGUUCGCCUCCGCUGUCCCCGGCAGCCUCAUCGUCAGCAAGCCCGAGAGGAAGCUGGUGAAGGGCUCCGGUUUCCACCUGGACCUGCUGCUGAUCGUGGCCAUGGGGGGGCUGGCCGCCCUCUUCGGCAUGCCCUGGCUCAGCGCCACCACCGUCCGCACCAUCACCCACGCCAACGCCCUCACCGUCAUGAGCAAGACCACCUCUCCCAGCCAGAAGUCCCAGAUCUUGUGGGAGGCUCUCCCUGACCUCUCCUCCUCCACCGCAGGCAUCUCCAUCUUCAUGGAGCCCAUUCUGAAGUACAUCCCGCUGGCCGUGCUCUUUGGCAUCUUCCUCUACAUGGGUGUCACCUCCCUCUUUGGCAUCCAGCUCUUUGACCGCAUCCUGCUCUUGCUGAUGCCACCCAAGUACCACCCCAAAGAGCCCUAUGUCACCCGGGUGAAGACUUGGCGGAUGCACCUCUUCACCGGCACCCAGAUCAUCGUCCUCGUGCUGCUGUGGGCAGUGAAGUCCACCCCGGCCUCGCUGGCGCUGCCCUUCGUCCUCAUCCUCACCGUGCCCCUGCGGCGCUUCCUGCUGCCCAAGAUCUUCCGGGACAUC